CCUUCAAGACACGAAGUAAACGAAGUAUAAUUUCUGUAGUAACCAAUGCUAUAAAAACACUGAAGACUGAUUAUUUCUUUUUAAAAAGAUACAUCUUGCCACUACCAAAUGAGAAGCCAAGCACUAAAAUAUUUCAGGCUUUAUUUUAAAGGCAAGUGAGACUGCUUAAAAUAAAACAAUUGCAAGCUUCCACGAAACAGUAAAGAGAAAGCGGAGACAAGCAGGAACACCCCUUCACUGACAUCCCGUUGCCAUGGACCUACAUAAGCAGUGGGAGAACACAGAGAUCAACUGGCACAAGGAAAAGAUGGAAUUACUGGACCAGUUUGACAAUGAAAGGAAAGAAUGGGAAAGUCAAUGGAAAAUCAUGCAAAAGAAGAUAGAGGAGCUUUGCCAUGAAGUAAAGCUUAGGAGGAAAAUGAAUAUUAAUGAACGUGCUAAGAUCCUUAAUCCAAAGGCCAACCAAGAUAAAAUGGUGGAAUGUCCUCCAAGUUACCUCAGUUUGGGUCAUUGUGAAUUUACAGGGAUGAAUCACAGAGAUGGUUUGGAAAAAGAAACUAAAACAGAGCAGAGCUUACCAAGUGAAGCAAAUCAAAUUUGUAAGGAACAAAAAGCAACCAAAAAAUCAAAAGUGGGAUUUCUGGAUCCUUUGGCUAUAGAUAACCUAAAGGAAUGUGAGGAUUUUCUUAACCCAAAGACUUCUAAGGAAGAAAGCAAGAGCUGUUGUGGUGCCCUGAACACAGCUCUUGAAGAACUUGCCAAAGUUAGUGAAGAUUUAUGCACCUUUCAAGAGGAAAUUCGAAAACGGUCUAACCACAGACGGAUGAAGUCAGAUUCUUUUCUUCAGGAAAAUCCAAAAAUUAAUGUGCCUGAUGGAGAUGUCAUGAGUAAAAAUAACCAGUGCUUUCUUUCAGUCAACUCAGAAAAGGAAAAACAGCAAAAUAGAAAGAAUCUAUGCUAUACUGAUGCGCUCCAAAGCAAUCCUAUGAAAAUAUGUGGAACUGAUAUAACUGCUCUGCAAAGAAAUGAAGUUCCACCUCUUCCUCCUCCAAGAAGCACUUCUCGAAAUUUUCCCAGUUCAUAUUCUGACCAAAUCCGUGAAAGUUUGAAAGAAAAUUUAGACUACAACAGCUGGUUAUCCCAUGAGAGUCAAAGUGACUGGAAUUGCAGUCCUCAUAUUCCUUUGGGUCACAAUAAAAUGCCUGUAUGCCUAAAUGAAGGGAGGACUUUGAAAAAUUGCACCACGUUCUCUUUAGCACCAGAAACCAAAACAGAUAACAAACCUCUAUAUAAUGAAAAUGUUGGACUUAGCAUGUGGUCAUGUGACUUUGAGAUGGUUUCAAAAAAUAAUCCUGCAUCAUGGUUUCAGAAAACUUGCUCUGCUCCCAGUAAGCUAAAAUAUGAAAAAGUGAUCUCAGACCACCCUGUUAAAUUUCAUCCUGAUCUUCACAUAAACAAUGACUACAGUUCUUCAGUGAUACAGAACAGUGACCCCCGUAGAAAUUUCAGUUGUGGCUUUGAAAGGACUACAAAGAAUGAAAAGCUGGCAGCAAAGACUGAUGAAUUUAACAGAACUGUGUUUAGAACAGAUAGAAAUCGCCGUGCAGUGGAGCAAAAUCAAAGCUACUCCAAGUCAUCUGAUGAUCUUAAGCCUUGUAAUACCUUGAUUACCCACACAGGUCACAAAUCAGAAAAUAACAUUGUGUCUGAUAUUUUGAAGACCUGUGCCCACAUGCCUGUGUCCAGGGAUAAUGUGCCUCAUAAUCUCACCAGAAAGUCUACAACAGGACUAGUCAGACAAGUGCAGGAACACUUAAAUUCUAGCAGUUAUCGGAAUAUGCUCCAUGAGCAUGACUGGCGACCAAGUAAUUUGUCUGGUCGACCAAGAUCUGCUGACCCCAGGUCAAAUUACGGUGUUGUGGAAAAGCUUCUGAAAACCUAUAAGACAUCAACAGGAUCUGCAAUGCAUAAUUCUAAAUGCUCACAGGAUAAUUGGACCAAAUGUAAUUAUGAUGUCUUUGGUGGGGCCACAUCAAGUCAGCAUUUAGAAAUGCCCCAACUAGAGCAAGACCUUCAGCAAAAAACACCUGUCAUGUGUGGGCCACAACAAGUGAUGCAAGGAGUAGAUUGGAAAAAAAAUACAGAGGACUCCAUGAUUGUGAAAUCCUUACAUGGAAAAGGGUUUUCCCGACCUGCUAGACCAGCUAAUCGUCGUCUCCCUUCCAGAUGGGCAUCUAGAUCUCCAUCAGCACCCCCUGCCUUGCGGAGAACAGCCCACAGUUACACAAUUUCUCUGCAACCUGAAGCUUCGAUGGUCUGAGUCUCUAGUCUGGAUUGCAAAGAUUACAAAAGUCCUAAUUGCCAAAAAGAGCCUUCUGAGUGUUUACAACAAGUACUUUAUCUUUCAAGAUCACUGGGACAAUUGAAAUCUUAACUUCCCAUCAGUCUUCAGUGUUUUUAAUCUCUGGAAUUACUAUUUUUCUCUUUUUUUUAAUUUCUUAGAUCAGAAUUUUUGAUGCCAUCUUCAUUAAUUUGACAAUAUGAUUUAAUUGAAACAGUGUACUAUAUUGUAUAUUAUAACUUUCUUGCUAAAGGCAGAAAGCAAGGUUAUGUGCAUGGCUAUGUAUCUUAAGUGCAUGUAUUGAGAUAGAAAGCAUCUUAGUAUGUAUUUAGUUCGAUAAGAAAAACCUAUGUGCUAGUAUUGACAUUGAAAUUAUAACAUGUAUACCUUAUAUUCUUUGUGUGUAUUUAAAAAUUUUGAAAAUAUACAGUACUGUUUAUAUUUUGUAUACCUUUUAACAGGUAUCCGUUUAAAGCAUUGAGGUACACAUAUUAACUCACCACUUCCUUGAUCCCAACUACAUUGAAAAAUAGGAAUUAUACACAUAGCUAAUAUUAUGUAUUUCCAUAUACAACUCAUAGUUUCUUAACCCAUUAAGGUUAAACUAAAACCAUUGAUGUCUUUAUUCACUCCUUUAACCAAUUAAUAUUGAAUAAUUUUAACAGAUAAGCUUUCUAAAGCAAAGAUCAAAUGUUCCUGGAACAUUUUAUAUGUCAUUUGGUAGUCCAUUAUGGCUUUAAUUAUAUACUUAUCCUCAACCAGAAUUGUGUGACUGCCUUACAGAUGUGACUAAAUAAUGUUUUUACUUUAUUGACGUUAGUAACAAACAUUCCUUAAAUAUCAAGGAAUGCAAAAAGAAAUCCAAUUAUAUUGAAUGUUUUGUUGUUAAAAUUGUAGUAAGUUUGUACUUAAACUACUUUAUUUUGCGUCAGACAUAUUUAAUGGAAAGUCAUUUAAUUUUUUCCAACUUCUAACCCUUUCCUUACAAUUAGGAGAAAAAAGACUGAUUCACUUUUUUAUUUAACACAGAGGAUCAGGAACGAUAAUUCCUUGAGAGCUGAAUUCUAACAUAUUUCUCAUAGUGUGCUGCAUUAAAAAGCCUUAAACUAAACUUUGGCAUCCAUGAGUAAGGUCUGAAAACAUAUUUUGGUUGCAGUUUGCAUGCAGUGAAAACAUAAAAACUAUUGAAAAUUGACAAAAAUGUGAAUGUUGGGGUACUUGGAAUUUAACAAGGAAAAGGAAAUUUUGCUUUCCAUUGUCUUUAUAUAGAAACAACUAUAUUGUUGGAUGGUAUUUCUAUCUAAGGUUCUAUAUUACCAUCAGAAAGACUAAACAUUCUUAUGGCAAAAAAAUAUUAAAGGAGAAAUUCUUAUCAUAUAUUCUAAUUAUUUAGGUAAUUUCACUUCCUUAUAGACCAUGACUUGAGAUAAGACAAACAAUGUUUAAAUUCCGGACUGCCUUAAAAGGCUCAGUACUGUUGCUCAGUAAUGGACAGCUUCAUACUUUACAACUAGGAAAGGUGUCAGGAGUUGUGCUGAAUUAAAUGACUAGAAUCUAGAUUUGAUGCAGAUGAUAUGAAGGGCUCAAAAUCCACUGUUUUAAUUCUUGAGUUUUCUACAACUCUUCUUUUCACAUAGGAAGACUAUGAGAGAAAGGAAUCUAGACUUGGGUCAUCACACUCAUUAUUUUGCAGGUGGUAGCUUGUGGCAGAAAUUGGACCCUUUGAGGAAGAUAUUGCCAUGUAUAUCUGGAAUUAUGGGAAAAACUGAGAACUGGGCAUCAUAUCUGUUCAGUUAAUCAGUGUAUCUUACAUAGUCUGAUAUGAAGCUGUAUCUACAAGUCAAAGUCUUAAGGAUCUCUUUUAACAUGUGAAAUUCCUGAAUUGACCCAAUAGGUACUAGACUAUAAUUUUUAGUAAUAGGGAUUGGCAGUCUGGAGACCUUAGUGAAACAAAAUAUUUGAUGAUUAGGGAAGUUUGGAAGUAGUGACACUUAUGGAUACCCCAGUGGACUGGUCCUGUUGGGUAGUUAUGUUAGUUCCUUAGGCCUUGUCUUUGUUAUCUAAAAAUUAAAAGGGUUAUAUUGUAAGGCUUCACAAUGAUAAAUUGCUUGUUCAAUAACCAUUUGAAUGAGACAGUAGGACACAUUUUAACAUCUUACAUUGACUAAAACCAGAAUGUUAGAGUUAAGAGAAAAUAAUCUAGUCCAACUCCUUGAUUUUUGCUAAACGGAUGAAGCUAAAAAAGAGAUUACUUGAAUGUUCUGUUUUAUCUUUUUAAAUGUUUUAUAAUUUUUAAUGGAAAAACUAUCAGGUAAAUGGAAAAUAUCCUUGAAAAAUAUUUUUGAUGUAAUGUGAUUUUUAACCAGUAGUUUUUGUACUUCACAUAGGCAUUCUCUUCCCCUGAACCUGCCUUCAUUAUGCCAUCAUUGCUGAAUAUAAGGAAUUUGUAAAUACUUUAGAAAUUAUUGGAUGAGAAACAAUUGUGUUAAUAGACACUUUCCCAAGCAGACUUUGGUGGGGGAAUCUUCUGUUAAUCAUCUGAGAAUUAUUGACACUAUUCACUUGAGAAAGAAAUCAGAAUGAGGCAAAGAAGAAUGUUUUGGUUUUGUGUCUUUUGUAUGCAUUUGUGUGUGAUGCAUCUGCACAUAUUAACACACACAGUUCUUACACAAAUUCUCUCUACAGUAAGUACUUAAGAUAUGUUCUUAGGAACUGUAAUUUUAAGCAAAAUGACAAUGAGAAAUGAGAGCCUUGGAUAAUAUAAUUUUCUUCGGCAUUGGCUAGGAUUUUUUAAAUCUCAUCAACUUUAUAACGAAACAAGGUGAAUGAACUGAUACUCAACUAAAAAAGAAUAUUUGAGAACCUACUGUUUUGCUUAUGUCCAAAACUAAAUAUACAAAUGUUUUUCUUAAUUGACUUUGCUAAAACUUAUUUAAAUCUUUUUAUGUAAACAAUGAUUAUGACCAGAUAUUAUCAUAAAAAGAUGAUUUACUUUUUACAGAGAGGAUUUAGUCAGGCUAUGUGUCAACAAGAGCAAAUAUCUGGAUCUGAAAAAGAGAAUCUACUUCUUAGAAAUAAUUUUCAAAUACUUUUAAAUAUAAUUGCUGAUAAACCACUACUUGAUAUUGACAUCUCCUUCACCCAUUGGAAACUAUCAAAUAAAAUAGGUGUGGAAAUACUGCCUGUGGCAUUUGUAUACAUUAAAAACAUUUUAAUAUUUCUUUAUUUUUUUUGGUAGUUACCUCCAGUCAAGCUGAGAAUUUUAUAAGGUCUAAACUAAAAUAUGUACACAGUUCAACCUAGUUUUGCCCAAAUAUCUUGAGAGUAGAAUCUGAAAGCCAAGUUUGCCUGAAUUUCUGCACCUGGCCAUACACACUCUUACCUUGUUUCUCAUAAACUGACAUGAAUUCUCUUCUCACAUAACUGCUAGUUUAGUCGAUGUUUUGUUCAAAUAGACAAUAAUUCUUUGCAUAUUUUUUUAUUUACAUGAUGAAAUUACCUAACAUUUUUAGGCAGAUUUAAAUUUCCAUUAUGAAAUAAUGUCGUUUACAUUUCUGCUUUUUGUUUUGCGUUUUUUGUUUGUUUGUUUGUUUGUUUGUUUGGGGACCAUAUGUGGAGGUGCUCAAGGGCCCCUCCCACCUGUGUGCAUGUGAGUCUCUCCAAGCAGCUUUCAGGGGACCAGGCAGUGUUAUGGAUCUAGCCCAGGCCCCCUGCAUGCAAAGCCUGAAUUAAAUCCAGCUAUAUCUUCAGUCUCUGCAUAUUUCUUCUUAAUUAGAAAGUACCUUUAACAAUUUAUAAGUAUGAUUAUUUUUGUUUACUAUGUCCCUUCAAGAACUAGGCUUCAUAAAGUAAAACAAAUACUUUUAAAUAUUAGCGUGAAGAACCUUAGGAAAUGCUGAAGAUGACUUUUACUCCAUAAUAUUUGCUGUUUAAAUGUUUCUUAUUAUAGGGAAUAAUUAUUGUUUUGGUGAUGAAAAGUUCAUAGUGUUUGAAAUCAGAUAGAUAUUGCUGAUCUUUAAAAAUCCAGAAGGUAAUAUUGAUAAAUGCCAAGGAAUUGGGAGAGGGGUAAUUCUGUACAUGGAAAGUGAUGAUGGAGUCCAGAAAUGAGGGAAAAGUCUAGAAAGGAGAUUCCUUAUAAAUCGAUCAGAACCAUCGCAUUUGCAGAAAGAAGCUGAAACAAAGAAAUCUAUGUGACUGCAAUGGUCACAGGAAUGGGGACCAAGCCUAGGUACCUAGAGCAGUCUUGCAUCCCUACAUUUCUAUGUACUUCUUCGACUUGAAGGUUUACAAAAUUUGUUGAUAUUCUUUGACUUGUUUAUUUCUUAAAAGUUAAGGCAGCCAUUAUGAUUUCUAACUACAGAGAGAAAUUAAGUAGCCAAAAUAAGAGAGUACAGAUUUCCCUAGAAAAUAGUUUUCUAGGUAACUCUUAAGCUUUUUAAAACUAGUUCCUUUCUCAAAGAGCAAGAGGAAGAUAAAGAGUGAAUGAAAUGGUUUAUUUUGCCUUCAUUGAUAAUUUUUCUUAAUUUUAUAUUUCAAUGAUAAUAAACAAAUGACAAUUUUUAUUAUUUCAAGAGAUAGUCUUGAGAUGUCAUGAAGAAGAUUCUAUCAAAACAUUUUAACUUUUGAUGUCUAUGCUCAGAUUUCAUAUAAAGAGUGAUUAUAAAUAAAGAUGUCUGAGAUGAAACCAAAAUGUCCCAGUAAGUAUCCAAAUCAAUCAUUCUAUAGUGUCUCCCAAAUCUUAACAAUAUUAAUCUUUGGAAGAAUAACUGAACAUUUUGGUGCCAUAUAACAAAUUUAUUACAGAAUAAAUUAAAGAAUUAGAACAUGCAGCUACCAAAAAAGCAAUCACUUUAUAUCAAUGUUUUUUAAAAGGCUUUACUCUGAUUAUUUAUUCAUGCAAUUUUAUAAAUCAUUAAAACAAUUUAAUUCAGCUAUUUGGAAUCUGUAUAUUUUUUCCUACAUAAUGUUAUCAAAUUACAUCAAAGUAAUAACAAAAUAUGUCACCUGAUAGUUUUAAUAUCUUUUUGCAAGAAAUUUUGUUUGUAUUCUCUUAACUAGUGAUAUCUGAAGUGCGAUAGUUGAUUUUCAAUAAAAACCAAAGAAGCAUUUAAAUUAUUUUUAAAAUUGCAUAUAGAAAUUAAAGGUCCCAUAGUCUCUAUACACUAAAAUUCAGGAAGUAUAAACUAUAGAGAGUAUAGGAGUUGGGCAUUUGCCUUGCAUGUAGCCAACCUGGACCAAGCUGCAAGUACUGAAGCGAACAUUCUUGGCUUCAAAAAUUAUAGGGAAUGCCGUAAGACCACUUGGAAGAGUUCCCUCCCCUCCCUAUGCAAAAUCAUGACUUGAGUCUUUGGAAAUAUUCUUCUAGGAAAUCCCAAGAAGAAAGUUGCUGAGACUUAGCAUACCAUUUCCUUGUGGUUCAGCCCAGCAAUUCAAAGCCGAAUGAGUUGAGAAGGUAUCCAACUUGGCAAAAGGAAAUGUUCCGUUUCCCCAGGCAAAUCAAGGACCCAGAAAAGCAGGUUGGGGAAAAAUAAAGAGUUCAAGGAAGGAAAGUGGUGAAAGCAAGAUACUAGAUGAAGAAACCCAGUCAUGGAAAGUAGCAUAAAGGAAAGUUAAGAAUCAUAACUGAAGACCAAAUGGGAAAUUUUCCCUGGUGUUAGGAAUGAAGAGAUGUUCACCAACACAUAAUAUCUUCACUGAGUUGCGAAUCAUGAUGACUGGGUAGUGAAGUGAGAGACUUAUUUUUAAGCAACAAGGAGUAUAACUACCAUGAAGCUAAAAAGGGAUAAAGGACUUGAACUCACAUUUUGUGUUUUCAGAUGCUAUUCUGCCAUAUUGCCUGGCAGAGUAUUAGUCUAUUAGACAUGACCUCUGGUUUCUGGUUUACAUUCUCAGCCUGAACUCUGCACAAAAUUAUCUCCUUAAUUGCUGUUUUGUUGUUGCCAACAGGCCAAGGAGCUCUCUCACUUUGCUUCUGUUUUUCUAAGAACACUGCAAAUGGUCCCCUGAGCACCUCUUGGAGUGGUUCCUUAGUACAGAGCCAGGAGUAAGCCCUGAGUAUUGCCAAGAGUACUUGAUGUAACCAAGAGUGGCCCCAAAACCAAAAUAAUUAAAAUAGAAAAUAAAAAUCAGGCAAAGUUGAUGAAGUGUGCAUUCUUGUCCCAUCUACCUUUCUUUUAUUAUCAUCUUCUUGUGACUGGAGUAGAAUAAUUGCAUGUAGAUGUUCUGAUAUGUAAAAUAAAACAUCUGUGCUUUCAAGUCUCAGACCGCUGGGGCAGAGUUAGAUAUCUGAAUAUGACAUUUUUCUCCCGUGAAAAUUAAAAAUAGGCAAAUAAUGAGAGUCAGCUAUAUAUUCUAGCUCACCCUGAAGAACUUAGAAAUGAUGUACAAUUCAUGUAAAUAAUGUGGGUGAGCAUAUAUCAUAGAGCCCCAAAUGCAUCUCAAAAUAUAAUCUCAAAGAAAAAUAAAGGUAAUGUAAUUGUAACUAGAGGAAGUGAAAUGUUAUCAGCUCUGAACUCUGUCUGAACAGAAUGCAGAUGGGCUGAAUGGAGUCCAGGGAAGUAGCCACAAGAAGACUAUUCGGUGUUGACCCGUUGCUCCCCUGUGGAAAGGCCCAGGUCUCUGAACGUGAAAUUUCUGCCUACGGAUAUACUACACUGUAUCACAACUUGCUCUUGUUUUCUCAACACCAACAAGUAUACUUAGGAUCAUUUUGGUUUUGAUCCCCAGCACCACAUAUCGUCCCCAUAUGCCAGGAGUGAUCCCUGAGCCCAGGAGUAAGCUCUGAGCACUGCUGGGCAUGGUUCGAAACCCCAAAAUAAAUGCAUAACAUAGAUCGAUAUCUUCAAAAGUAUUCUGGGUAUUUUUAUAGAGACUACAUUGAAUAAUAUUUAGAGUACUUUGGGUAAGAUUAUCAUUUUGAUAAUAUUCUUCCAAAUACAUGAACAGGGAUAUGUUUUCAUUUCUUCUUGUCCUCUUUUAAUAGUGCUUUUUACCUUUUAUUGUAUAAGUCUUUCUCCUCUUUUGUUCAGUUUUUCCCAGGUACUUGAUUUUCUGAGGAACAAUUUUGAAUGGGAUUUUAAAAAAUUUCCUUCUCUUCUUUUUUAUUAUUUAUACAAAUAUCUCCACAUUGAUUUUGUAGCCUACCAAUUUAUUGUAUUAGUCUAUUGCUUCUAGGAUUUUUAUUUGAGAGGUUCUUAGGAUUUUCUAGGUGAAAGUAUUAUGUCUGCAAAUAGUGAGUCUAACUUUUGUCUCUCCUGAUCUGGAUGACCUUAUUACCUAAUUGCUCAUGGUAAGGACCUUCAAUACUAUAUUAAAUUCUAAAGGUGAAAAAGAUGAGAGCCUUAUUUUUCCCUAAUCCCAAACCACAACAUAAAGCUGUGCUAAUCAAAACAGUGUGGUGCUGGAAUAAGAUUAGACUUUCAGACCAGUGGAAUAUAAUAGAGAAUUUAAAGAUAGAUAUUAAGGUAUUAUGGACAGUCUUCAUAAAGGAACAAAAAGUAUGAAGUGGAGCAAGGAAAUUCUCUUCACCAAAUGAAGUUGAGAAAACUGGUGAGUUAUCACUGUAUCACUGACAUCCUGUUGCUCGUUGAUUUGCUCGAGCGGGCACUAGUAACGUCUCUAUUAUGAGACUUGUUGUUACUGUUUUUGGCAUGUCGAUACUCCAUGGGUAGCUUGCUAGGAUCUGCUGUGUGGGCGAAAUACUCUCAGUAGCUUGCUGGGCUCUCCGAGAGUGGCGGAGGAAUCGAACCCAGGCCAGCUGUAUGCAAGGCAAAUGCCCUACUCACUGUGCUAUUGUUCCAGUCCAAAUGCAAUAAAAUAUAUUAAAGCCCACGUUCUACACCAUGAACAAAAUUCAAAGCAAAAUGGAUUGAAUACCUUGAUAUCAGACCUGAAUUAAUUGAUUACAUUGAGGAAAAACAGGUAAAACACUUCAUGACAUUGAUUUUACAGAUAUCUUCAAUGAUUCAAUGAUUCAUAGGCAGCAAACAGAAGCAAAGAUAAGCAAGUGAAACUAUAUCAAACUUAGGGGUUUCUGCACCUCAAAAGAAAUGAUGUUCGUUAAAAAAAGGCACCCAACAGAAAGCGAAAAAAUAUUUGCCACCACUCAUUAAAUAAAUGGUUGAUAGUCAAGGCAUAUAAACCAUUACAGAACUUAAUAAAAGAAAAAAACUACAACAAACCCCAACAAAAUUUGGGGGAGAAGAUGAAAAGAAACUUUCUCAAAGAAGAUAUACAAAUACCAAAAUGUAUACAGCACCUAUCAUCAGGAAAAUGCAAAUCAAACAAUGGGAUUCCAAUCUCACAUCACUAAGAUUGACACACAUUACAAAGAACAAAAACAACCAGUAUUGGGGUGGACUGGGGAGAAAGAGAGACCCUCGUUUGUUGCAAAAUAUCAGUUGGGCUCAAUUCCUGGCACCCCAUUUGGUUCCCUAAGCCUCCAGGAGUGAUUCUCAAGCACAGAGUCAGGAAUAAGCUCUGAGCACUCGUUGGUGUAGAACAAAAACAAACAACCAAAAAAGAAUGUCAACUUGUCCUGUCUUUUUGGAAGAUGGUUUGACAUUUCUCAAAAAACUAGGAAUUGGCUUCCAUAUGACCUCGCAUUUCCACUCCUUAGCACCUACCCCAAGGGCCAAAAUACUCUUCAGAAAAGACAUCUGCAUUCAUGUUCAUAGCCAAAUUGUGUUUUUAUAUAGAGUUAUACCACAUUCUGUUCAUUCUUUUAUUAGCUAGAAUACUGGGUGGUUUUAGUUUGGAAUCUAGUAUAUAGAAUGCUGCUAAGAACAUUGAGAUAUUAGUUUUUCUGAGACUAUGCUUUCAUUUUACUUAAUACUUAGGAGUAGACCUUCAUCUCUUAUCAAAUUGUUAUUACUAGGGUUUGAGGCUUGAACCACACCCAACAGUGCUCAGGGAUUACUCUUGACUCUGCUCAGCUAUGACUCUUGGCGAUGCUGGGGAUUACAUGGGGUGCCAGGGAUCAAACCCAGGUUGACCCCUGUACUAGAGCUCUAGCUUCCCCCCAAAGUUAUUACUAUAAGGAUAUUUUAUUUUAGUUAUCUUAUUGGAUAUUAAAUGGCUGUUGUAUAUUGUCAUAUAUAAUAACCAUAUAGAUAAUGUCAUUAUGAUAUAUGUAUGAUCUUAUUGGAUAAGAAAUGGCAUAUUGGUGCCAUAUUUUAUUUUCCUAAUGACAUGAAGCAUCCUUUUAUCUAUUUCUUGGUCAUUUGGAUAUCUUCACUGGAGAACUGCCAAUUCAAUUUUUCUCCCAAAGUUUUGUUGUGUUUUGUUGUCUUUCAUUGUUGAUUUGUAAUGUUUGGGGUUUUUUACAUAUUCUAGACUCACUCCCUAGUCAUGUAUAUAAUAUGUCAUUGUUUUCUCUAAUUGUGAAUGCUGUCUUUUAAUUUUCUUAAUGCUAUUCUCUGAAGCACAACAGUUUUUAAUUUUCAUGAGGUCAAAUUUAUAUAUUUUUUCACUUGUAAUUUUGGUGUCCCAACUAGAAAUGCAUUGCCUAAGAUCAUUUAAAAAUUAUUCCUAUAUUUUUAAUAAGGAUUCAUUUGUUUUAGCUCUUACAAUUUGUUUCAUUAUGUGUUUUAAUUAACUUCUAUAUAUGGCAUAAGAAAGGGGGCGAUAUUUUGUUUGUGGACACAAAUUUCACCACAAUUACUAAUAAAAAUGUAUUGGCCAAAUAUAUAA